UGCGGAUUCGACUCCCUCAGAAGAUCCUGGGCGGGACUUCCGCAGUCAGAUGCCAAAUUCUCUUUAGCAUAACGGUUGUAGUUGAAGCCUCGUCCGUCGUGUUUUCUUUGGUUUUUGUUUAUUUAAUGACAUUAAAACCGAACCCUAGCUGUUCAGUAACAGUUAAAUGAAGGUCUGGAGACAGAAAAGCUACCAGAGAUGUAGCGAUAGGAGCUCAAACGGCGACAGGAGGUAGCAGAGCAAGAGGAACACAGAAACAUGGAUGCUGCUGUUAAGAUUCGGAUGGAUGGAUUAGAAAUACACCACUAGUAAGAGCCAGGAGAGGCGUCUCAGCAGUGUCAAUCAGGCUCCUGUACACGCUGCCCAGCAACAGUCACUCAAGCUCAAGACUGCUGGUGUGCUGCAGCUGUGCUAAUGGCAGAGAGGGAACCUAACGUUGUAGGAAAACUGCCAAUUCCUCGAGUGGUGGCACCUGCUCAAAAAACAAGGAGAGGUAGGCGGAAGAAGUCCAAAGAUGAAAAGCAAGCUCAAAAGAAAGAACUGGACCGAGCCCGGAAUAAGACGAGGAUAAACAUUGGAGCGGCUUUUCUCAGGUGGAGGGAGCUACUCUACCUGAAACGCUUCAAGUCCGAUGCAGAGUUAGCCACGUUUCUGCUAGACAAAUGUCAAGUUGGAGAUUUGACUUCUUUAACUACAACCAGCCAUCAGACCGCCCUGUCCAGUUCUGUCAGCAGCUCAUCAUCAGAUCGUAUUUCAUUGCUGGACACUCAUGAUGACAUCAAUGAAAGUGACUUCAAUCACAUUCAGAACUCUGUCAUCGACUGGGCAGAAGACUGGACCCGGCCUCUGCAGGACGACACUGGAGACGUUUCAGCUUCAGAGGAAGAGAGUAGUAUGGGGGAAGGCAGUUACCAUGACGACACUGAUGAUGAUGAUGAGGAGGAGGAGGAGGAGGAUUACAUCCCCCCUUUAUGCGUUCGCACUGCUGGUUCCGGUGAGCAGAAGUUUUCUCUGGAUGCUCUUCCGGCCGUCGGCAUGGAGGACACGGUUCAUGACGCUCUGGUCACAGAGUCAGCCGAGUCCCAACCAGCCCAGAGUGAGGAUGACAUCACUAAUCAUCCGGCAGCCAUCACCUAUCAUGUCUGUCUGAUGCAACUCGCUCAGUAUCUGCUGCUGCCCAUCCCGGUGUGUACGGCUAAAGACCCGGUGACACUGGUGGAGUGUCAGGCAACUGGACCAUUCCAAGUCCAGGUCAAGUCCAGAGGAACGGCUGUCAUCAUGCAGUGGAUGUGUUCUAACAAUCACUGUGUGUGGGAGUGGAACUCCCAGCCCACUUUCAAAGACGGGAUGCAAGCUGGCGACUUCCUUUUGGCAUCAAAUAUCAUCCUGUCUGGCAACAACUAUGCCAAAGUUGCAUUACUUUUCAAGUUUAUGAAGAUGGGAAUAGUGGAUUGGUCAACCUUCUUGAAAAUACAGGACACAUACUGUGUCGGAACCAUCAAGGACUUUUGGGAUAACAGCAGAGCUGACGUCGUUUCCAGGCUGAAAUCAAAGGAAAAUGUUGCUGUACUGGCUGAUGGUCAUAUGAACAGUCUUGGGUCGUCUGCUCAGUUCUGCACCUACACCAUCAUGGAGAAUGAAACCAAAGAAAUCCUGUCAAUCGUCAACAUUGACAAGGGAGAGACACGGAGGAGUUCUGUGAUGAUGGAGAGGGAAGGCUUCAUCAGGAGCUUUCAGCAAAUCCACCAGGAGGUUAAACUCACUGAAGUUUGCACAGAUUCACAGUCACAGAUAUCCACUCUCUUUGACCCAGUCAAAGGAAAGUAUAAGGACAGCGGUGUGCUGCACACUCUAGACAUGUGGCAUGGUUCCAAAGACUUGGCCAAGAAGAUGCAUGCAGCAGGGCAGCAAAAGGGUUGUUCCAUCCUGCUGCAGUGGAUCAAAGAUAUCUGCAAUUAUUUCUGGUUCUGCUGCAAGAUGACUGAAAACUAUGAGAACUUUUAUGAGAUGUGGGCUGGCCUUCUUAACCAUGUAACAGGAGAGCAGGAGUGGCCCCUGGACGCCGGUCAGCGUCCGUCUGGGGAACGCAGAGACAAGGUGUGGAUAGAAAACGGGUCUGUGGCCCAUCAGGCGUUAUCAGAAGUUAUUCUGAAUCAACGCUGGCUUAAGGAAGUACACAAGUACUUGCACUUUAGGUCAACGGCUGACCUGGAGUCUUUCCAUAACCACAUCCUGAUGUAUGCCAGCAAACACUUCAGUUUCAGCCGUCCGGUCUAUGAAGCCCGGAUUUUCCUGGCUGGCCUGGAUUACAACCACCAUGUCCACAGACCGGCCAAGAGAAAACCCGACGGCUCCGUAGAAUAUCGCAAACUUUAUAACAGAAAAUCCAGAAAGUGGUGUUUGUAUGCUAUAAAGGAGGAAAAGGAUUACCGCUACAUCCGGCAGAUUCAGAGGGCCAUUGUGGGGAAGCGGGUGGCAUCGGGGCGAGGUCUCCCUCGUCUUACUGCCGCGACACGGAGUGACCCUCGUCAGUACGGCGUGCUGUUCGUCGCACCAGCUUCCAGCUCACAGCAGCCAUUAAAGUUACAAGUCAGCAGGGGCCAGAGUGUUCAGGAGAGGCUGGUGCUUAAAGAAGAAGCUAAAGAAGAGCAGAGUUCUGGUGGAGACCAGCAGGAUGCACAGCGUCUUCACAUCAAGGAGGAAGAGGAGGAAGUCUGGAGCAGUAUGGAGGAUGAAGAGCUCAGUGUGAAGGAGGAGACAGAUCCGUGUCUGCUUCCACUGAAUGUUGUUGUUGUGAAAAGUGAGCAUGAAGAUAAACCUCUGUUCUCACAGCUUCAUCAGCCAGAAGUUGGAGAUCUUCCAACCAGCAGCUCAGCUGACCAGAUGAAAGCAGAAAGUGAUGAAGAGGACGGUGGAGGAGCAGAGUCCAGCAGGAACCCAGACCUACACACUGACAGAGACACUUCCAGCUCUUCAGAGACAGAGGUCAGUGGGGACGAAGAGGAGGAGGAUGAUGAUGAUGUGAACCAUCCUGGUUCUCAUCUGAAACACCCACCAGACUCCGGCUCUGAAACUGAGGACAGUGAGAACGACUGGAAGGAAACUAGAGCUGCAGAGUCAGGAGGAAACGGCGCCAACAAGCCGCUGAGCUGCUCCAAGUGCAGCCAACAGUUUGGUAACAAGUCCUCACUUCAGAGACACAGUUCAAGAAAAAACUGUUCGUCUAAAAACGUCGUCUCAGCGAAUGUCCAAACUGAUUUAAAAGGUUUUACCUGUGAUGAUUGUGGGAAAGGUUUUAGCCUAAAAAACUCUUUAAACCGACACCUGAGAAUUCACACAGGAGAGAAACCAUUCAACUGCGACGUAUGUGGACAAAAAUUUAACCAGAAGUCUCACCUAAAAAUUCACAGGAGAAUCCACACUGGAGAGAAACCGUUCAGUUGUAAUACGUGUGAAGUUAGAUUUAACCAAAAAUCAAGCUUAAAUCUGCACAUGAGGAACCACUCAGAGGAGAAACCGUUUCACUGUGAUGAUUGUGAGCAAAGAUUUAACAAAAAGUCAGAUUUAAACAAACACAAGAGAGCCCACAUGGAAGAAAAACCCUUUGGUUGUGACGUUUGUAGGAAAAAAUUCAGUCGAAAGGCAGAUUUAAACAUGCACGCACGAGUCCACACUGGAGACAAACCGUAUGCUUGUGAUGUCUGUGGACAGACGUUUAGUCUUAAGGCUAAUUUAAAGAAGCACAUGAGGAUUCACACAGGAGAUAAACCAUUUGGUUGUCUUUUCUGUGAGCAACGCUUCAACAGAAGGUCACAUUUAAACAUACACAUCAGAAUCCACACUGGUGAAAAACCAUUUGUUUGUGAUGUUUGUGGUCAAAGAUUUAGUGAUAAGUCAGCUGUAAACAAACACAUGAGAAUUCAUACAGGAGACAAACCUUUUGGUUGUGAUGUUUGUGGGAAAGGAUUUAACCAAAAGUCAAGUUUAAACAAGCACAUCCGGAUCCACACUGGGGACAAACCGUUUGGUUGUGAGAUUUGUGGACAAAGUUUUAAUCAAAAGUCAACUUUAAACAUCCACCAGAGGAUACACACCGGAGACAAACCUUUUGGUUGUCACGUUUGUGGACAAAGAUUUAACCACAAAUCAAAUUUAAACAAACACAAGAGGAUCCACACAGGAGAAAAACCCUACGGCUGUCAUAUCUGUGGGAUUAGAUUUUAUCAAAAGCCUCAUUUAAACAGACACAUGAGGGUCCACAUAGGAGAGGAUGUAGUUUAAAUACAUACGUUAAAGGUUCGUUCCAGUGAGGAGUCCACAGGAAAUCUUCCUCCCCUGGAACUGAUGAUGCCCUGGGCAUUAGUUGACUGGGUUUCUGGUCCAGGGUCACAAACUGGGACGUAAUGUCUUUUGGAUUCGCUGAGUGCUGGAGUGUUGCUACUUCUUGGUGAUUUAUCAGAUGAUUCAGAUCAACACCCACCUGAGCAGCAGACUUCAGAAAGCCAUUAGAAACCAGGAAGUUUUCUCAAAACAGCUUUCGUAUCCAAUUGUUUCUAAACGUUUAAGGUUUAAAACACAAGGGAAGUGUUUGGGUAUAGCUGUACUGAUCCUAAGCAUUAAGGCCUUUAUUUUUAAGAAUAAACAAUCAAUCUUCAGCUCUUCUCCGUUUCAUCUGCUCUGCUGGCUUCCUGCUUUACUUUUCUAUUCAUACAUUGACAAAAUUGUUGCCACUUCUCUUGUUUAUGACCAAAAACCCACAGUGCUCAAUGAAAUAACUUGAAACUGUCAAAAGCAAUAAGAAAAAUCUACUUAAUAUUAAGCUUUGAAAAUCAGACAUUGCUUUUGAUUUUUGGUUCAAGCUAACAAUUUAAAAACCAGACUAUUGAAACAGGCCUGGACACAAAUGAUGGUACCAGGAACUUCACAUUUUGUUGCUCAACCUGUUAAUUCAGUCAGAUCAUUUUUAACAUUUGUUUCUCUGAUGUGAUGUUUUCUAGUCUUUAACCUCCAUCCAUCCAA